AAAAUUAUUUUAGCCAAAAAAGAACAAAAAAAACAAACAGACGUCAGACUUUAAAGUCCGUUUCUACAUAUUCAUGAUGAGGUUCUGUCAAUUAUGUCAAACAACAAUGCAAGGGAGCACAUUGUGCAUAAAUUACUGAAAGAUAGGGUCAGAGUCAGUUAUUUUUUAAUGUUCAUAUGCCACACAAAGUACUAUUACUGAAUGGGUUGUUUUUGUUCACUCUUGUUUAAACUGAAGGACCUCCCCAAUGCUUCGGAUUCAUGUUCUGAGGCAUCAGGCCAUUCCAGUAGAGAACAUCAACCCAAUGAUCUUCUAAAUGAAACUGAACUGGAGCGCUUUUUAGAAAAGCUUGGCCUAAAAGAGAACUACAAGAAGAAGCUCUCACUAAUCAAUGUCCUACAGAUCGACAAGAAGGCCGUCACAGAGGAAGAUGCUAAAUGUCUUUCAGAUCUCCCCUGGCUCUUUCUCAAGAAGUUAAUGAUGUUCAAUGUGACUGCUAGGAAUGUGAAUUUGUUUGCAUGCAAUGAAUCAGAGCAGGAUGAUCCUCAUGGCAAUGCUGGUUUAGAUCUUGACACCAUGUUGGACCAUGAAGAGUCAGGUGAAGCGCUGAACCCAUUAGACAUAAUCACUGCUCUCUUUCUGUGCUCAAAUGGCCUCCUUCAGCAGGAAAUGGCUGUCAAAAUGUCCAUGUGUCAGUUUGGGUUGCCUCUACUGCUUCCUGAUUGUGGCACACAGAAGCACACGCUCAUGCUUUGGGCUUUGAGAGGCAUUGUUAAAAAGUACAGACCUCAGGCACUCUCAGACACCAAAAGCUUCAUUGAAAAAUCAGUUGUGGUCCCCAGCCUUCCGAUGGUGUCCUUUGUGAGACUGGGUGAAGGUUCUUUAUCGAAGUCACUGAUUCUGAAUACACUCCUGAGCAAUCCCCAACAGUACCACGACACUUUUGUUCACCAAGACAUGCCAUGUGGUAAUGUUCCAAGGGAAAUUGCAGAUGGACUGGUGGAAACUAGUUGGUAUCUUCCCUGUGGUAACAAAAACAUCAAUAUCUUCAAUGAACCAGUAGCUGUAGCUAAUCUCAGAGGAGAUAUUGCUCUCUGUGAAUUGCAAUUUUCGUUUUUAUGCAAAACAUCUGCUGCAGUUUUUGUGUUUCUUGACAAUUUUGACAGUCAAAUCGAACUACUCAAAAUACACAAAACAGAGAUUUUCUUGAUAGUCAAUGUGGAUAGCAAGAAUUUCAACCAAGAAAGGUGCAAAAAAGUAAUGGACGAAUUAAAUUUGACCGGAAAGAACCUCAUUCUUAAGCAAAAAAGAGUCAACAACGCUGACUUUGCCAAAACCCUACAAAAAUUUGUAACAGAAGUUGCACAAAAAACAGAUAAAAAAAAGAGCAUAGAGCAAAUGGCUGACAUUGCUAUUGAGCUUGGAAUAAUGGUUGAUGAGCAAACCUCAGACUGUCAGAAUGCUAAGAAAAAUGCUGAAGCUAUCACCUCAAAAAUAACAAACACUGCCGAGUACAAAAAUAAUGAACUUCCUCGGCAGGGCUCAGUAUGGAAAAAACUGACAGAUUUAGAGAAGGAGGAAUGUAGGCUCACACAUGCUGGGGAAGAAGACGUAGAAAAAUACAAAUGUGGCCUAAACCAACAGAAAAAAGGACUCCGGAAAGAGCAGAGGGAUUGGAACAUUUCAGAUUCUAUGAGAUCCUUCAUGAAAGCAUUCUCAUGUCCAGCUGUUGAACAGGCUUAUUUUUUUAAAUGGAUGCAAAUUAAACUAGACAACGUGUCCCGAGAAACUGUAUCAAAACUCAGAGCAGAGUAUAAACUCAAAAGUAAGAAUUCGAGCAAAGAAGAACUUAAAGACAUUGAUCAACAACUUUCUGACAGCUCUAUAGGUAUUGAGAACUACUUUCGAGAAAUGUGUCAAAUCUAUGAAUCCACAGUCUCCCUUUCUGAAUCCAAUCCUUCUCGCCAAGAAUUCAAGCAUUUGCCCAAGUUGUGUGCCCAAUUACUCCUUGAUGGAUUUCCGCUGGAGCUUGUGGAAGGAGAAUCAUCAAGCAUUCCUUUGGCAUGGGUGAAGGACGUAUUUUCUGAAUUGAAAGAAAUGGUAGCUCCAGAGAGCAAGAUAAGAAUUGUCACAGUUCUUGGGAUUCAGAGCACCGGAAAGUCCACUCUUCUGAACACCAUGUUUGGAGUGCAGUUUGCAGUCGGCAGUGGCCGAUGCACUAGAGGGGCUUUCAUGUUGCUCAUCAGAGUGAACAAAGAGUACACAAAAGAAAUGAACUGUGAUUUUCUGAUCAUCAUUGACACUGAGGGCCUGAAAUCGCUGGAGCUAGCACAAUUAGAAGACAGCUAUGAGCAUGACAAUGAGCUUGCAACUAUUGUUGUGGGUUUAAGUGAUCUCACAAUAAUAAAUAUAUCAAUGGAAAACAUGACAGACAUGAAAGACAUCCUACAAAUUGUAGUACAUGCCUUUCUCAGGAUGAAGGAAGUCGGCAAAAAACCUAAAUGUCAGUUUGUUCAUCAGAAUGUAGCAGAUGUGUCAGCCCAUGACAAUAACUUAAGGGACAGAACCCUGCUGUUACAACAGUUGAACGAGAUGACAAAGCUAGCUGCCAAAGUUGAGAAAAAAGAGGAAAACAAAAGCUUCAUGGAAGUAAUGGAAUAUGAUCCAGACACUGGAAAUGGGUACAUUCCUGGACUAUGGCAUGGAAACCCACCAAUGGCACCAGUAAAUUCAGGUUACAGUGAAGCAGUUUAUGAAAUGAAAACAAACAUUAUGAAAAAUUUGAAAGAUUGCAAGUCAUCUGCUUACAACAUUGAUGAAUUUCUGAAGUGGACAGCAAGCUUAUGGAACGCCAUAAAACAUGAAAAUUUCAUAUUCAGCUUUAGAAAUAGCCUGGUGGCUGAUGCUUACAUGAAAAUAUGCACAGAAUUCAACAAAUGGGAAUGGGAAUUCAAAAGGGACAUGUACUCAUUGGAAACAAGUGCAAAAGCAAAGAUUUCAAAUUUUGGCAAAUAUGAGGCAUCCAACAUCAUAGAAAUUGUUGAGGAAUUCAAUAAUAAAGCCUACUCAAAGCUAAAUACAUGGGAAACAAAAAUAAUCAACAAUGUACACCAAUAUUUUAAAAAAGCAGAAGGUCAUGCCUACCUAAUCGAGAAACACAGAGAAGAGUUCAUAAACAGUGCAAAAUACUUAAGAAGAAACGUGGAAUAUUUGUUUGGAAAUGAACUAAUUAAAGCGGCUGACAAUAAAAAGAGGAUGGCAAAAGUUGAGGAAGUCAAGAAAAACACCACAAAACGUUUGGAGGAAGAAGUGCUCAGAUUGCUAGACGAAGGCCGUAAAAUUGAUCUCAAGCAAUCGGAUGAGGAGCUGAGAAAGGAUUUUGACCAGAUGUGGGAGAAAGCUACAGAACCUCUCCGUGACAAAGUGAGCCACGAAAUUGAUAUCUUUGGUAAGGUUCAUUGUCAACUGAGAAAGAAUUUAGAAUCAAUGGGUGGUCAUGCCAAGGAGACAGUUAAUGUAUCACUAAAUGAUCAUGGAAAAGGGGAUUUCCAAAUGAAACAAAGCUUCAUUCAAUCUGCGAGAAACAUUUUUCUUUCACGGAAUAUAUGGCUAAGAGCAAAAGCAAAGGCUGACGAAAUUAUAGCAGGUUGCAAAAUACGUGUGUCUGAUAAAAUGAAGGAGAAAUCUGAUUACCAUGACAAUGACAUUCAGGAGAUUUUGAAGUACAUUGAGGCGCAACUUGCAGACAUGAAAACAGACACCCAAUUUGAGGCGGAAUUAAAAUUACACAUUUGUAGUAAUGCAGCCAGAAACUUCCAUAAAAAGCACUUGGCUUUCAUUGCAGAAAAUGACCCAUUGAAUUGCGUCAAUCUACACAAGGAACGUUUUUUUGAGGAUUUUAAAGAUCUGUAUCACGCAAGGGAGCAGGACGAGAAGAAAGCUCAGGAAUUUGCUAUUCGUUGCCUCCAGCCUGCAGUGGAGACCUACAUUAGAGUUUCCAUGGUUCCAGAAGUUGUUGAUGAAAUGGUGUCAGGCAGAGAUUCAUUGAAAUUCAGCACACGCAUGUUCUUCCAAUCUUCUGUCUUAAAAGACUUGCUUUCAAAAAACAAGUUUUGCCACUUCAAAGAGUACACCACUUCAUAUGAGAAAUUCAUAAGGGAAUGGAUUCAGGAGCAAAUUGAGAAACACUUUUCCGAUGGGACUAAACUUAUCGAGUUAGAGAACAACUAUCUUAAACGAUGCAUCAAAUGUAUUGAUGAUGCUAUUCAAAAGGCCCAAAUGAACAAACAAGCGACCCAAAAGGAGUUUGUUCAAGAUAUUUGCAGGGAACUUGGUGAUAAAUUGGUAAUGUGCCAGGAUUCUCUCAGCGCUUGCAUGUCUCUUUUUAAAGAAGCAACAGCAGAAAGGUUUGUAGACUUUCUUAAAAAAUCUGUGAAGGCAAUGGAACAUGCUGUGCAGGAAAAUCUAAAAGAAACUGAGGUCAAAAAAAAACUAGACAGACUUGGAUCAAAGCCACUAAAUGACCUCACAGCCAAGUUAGGUGGAUGUGGUAAACAGUGCCCAUUCUGCAGCGCACCAUGUGAGGCAGGGGCACUGUCUCACAAGUUUCACUACGUUGAAAUACAUAGGCCACAUGCCUUUGGAAGAUACAGAAAUUUGGCCUCAAAUAAACUCUGUACAUCUAUUUGCACAUCUUUAGUCUUUAGUGACACCGAAUUCAAGAAUGAUGCUACUAAGUGGGUGUCCCAUCCUUACAAGGAAUACAAAACAUUUUACGGGGAUUGGGACAUUCCUGCAGAUAACAGCUAUUCAGCAUCUGAUUACUGGAAAUAUGUGAUGGUCAGGUUCAACAAGGACUUCGCUGAAUGUUAUAGUGCAAAGCCUGCAGAUAUUCCCAAUGAAUGGACAACAAUUAGCAAGGAAGAUGCUGAUAGAAGUCUAAAAGAGUAAUUUGGCGUCAAAUAGGAUUUGUGGAGAAGAUGAUAGAGUUUCUUCUCUGACCAUGAGGAAGAGCAGCCCCUUAGAAUAAUAUAUAUUUGAUCUAAUGGGAGCAUUACGAAAAUCACUAUUUAUGUUAUGGUGCACAAAUUAUCCUUCUACAUAUGUGAGCCAAGAAAGGCUGAAGUGAUAGAUAUUAGUUAAUAAGGAUGUGUGUCUUUGCUCAAAUUUAGUAACCCAGCUCUGAACUAAACUCUUUCAUUUUGCAGUUUGUUGUUGAAGUAAUGUUCCAUUGAAACUUUUAAAAGUAUGAGCCUGAUGCUUCACAUUUUUGUUAAAACGUAAUGAACUAAGCAUAUAUGCUAUUUUAUUUGUUUGAUUGUUUUGACUUACUUUUGUCUGGAAAUAUCGGUAUUGUACAUUACUUUUUAUUUUUGCCUAGGUUUAAAUUGUGUAAUUUAUUUUUUAUUAUUCCUCUUUCAUUCAUGUUCACUCUUUUUUGGAUUUCUUUAUUCAGUUAUUUCAAGUGGCUUUGUUUGAUAAUCUGUCUGGCAUUGUAACAAUUAAGAAAUUAGGAGACGAUAUAUCUUGCAUUGCAAUGUUUAUUUCAUUUUUAUAUUGUUACUGCAUCCAGAAAUAUUUGUAAUGUAUUUUUUAAUUGCUUGUUUGAGCAAGAGUUGAGAAAUAUAUCAAUUAAUUAAGCUGGUGUGUGUGAUUUUAUGGUAAGUUUUGACCCAAAAUAAAGGACAGAAAAUUGUC